CAUUUCUUUGUUUCUUCACUCUCUCUCUCUCUCUCUCUGUUCAACAAAUUUCACUUUUCUGAUCAAACUUUCCGCUGAAUUAAGCCCUAAGAUCGAGACCCACAUCGAUCAAAAACCCUAAUCGAGAUCGAACAAAAACCCUAAUCGAGAUCGAUCAAUCAUGAAGCAGAAGCGGGCCUUUGCUAUGGUUUCGUCAUCGUCGUCUACCGUGAAACCCUCACGCUUCCCUGAAGAAGAAGAAUCAGUCCGGUGUUGGGAGAGCGAAACGGCGUCGUCAAACAGAACCCGACCCCAAAUCCAAUCCAGAUCAAGAAGAGGAUCGAAAACAAGAAACAUCAAUGAUGUCUUAAAAGAUGAAAGAUCCAAGAUUUCUGGGAUCAACCGGAUUUUGGGGACACCCAUUCCCGUGAGCAAUAACCUGACAUGGAGGCUUUUGAAAUCUCACAUGCGAAUUGAAUCUUUUUACUGCACCAAGCUCCACUCCGCUCUCAAUGCCAUCCACGAGUGUUUCGAGCCUUCCAAAGACCCCUACACCAACAGAGACAUUGCUGAGGACAUUGUCUUCGACUUGGAAUCCGAUUCCGAGUUGAAUUUGAGAGGGUUUUACACUGUGGUUUUGGAGAGGAGGGAUGAUGAUGAUGGUCAUGAGGAGAUGGUCGGUGCCGCCACGGUGAGGAUCAAUAAGGGAGUGGCUGAAGUGCCACUCGUGGCGACUAGGCCUCAGUUUAGGAGACUUGGGAUGUGCAGGAUUUUGAUGAAUGAGCUCGAAAAUCGGCUCAUGGAAUUAGGCAUUGAGAGAUAGUAUAACCUGAUAUCUGCUUUGGCGGAAUGUGUUCAUGAAUCUUUGUAGAAUUAACAUUCACAAUGGAAUUGACUCCUAAUAACUUGAAGAAAGUCAGCAUCAUGGCUUGUGAAGAGAUGGGAUGUAAUAAUGUAGGAUCAUGGGAAGCAACUGCCGUUGGUUAGCUUGCCUAAUUCUAGUGUUUUCUAUUCUGAUCGUCUUAUCUUAAUGUUGUGUAUUAGACUCUUAGAUCACUGGCUUAAAUUUAUUAUGUUAUUUGCUGAAUUAUAGCUAGAGUUCCUCAGUCUCAGCUUACGUUUUCUAACUGUUCCUAAACCUCUCUUGUUUUCAAUAAUGACAGGAUAUAUGAAAACCUUGUAAGCAUAAGAGCUGCCUUCAAGCCUUCUGGAUGUCUUGUCAAGUUAUAUCUCUGCCAUCGUGCAAAGGGUUUUACCGUUGGGGAUUAACUUGUUUACUGUUGAGCAUUAACUACUUGUAUUUAUAUUUAUAUAAGCUCUGUGCGCCUUUGUGUUCCCCAAAUUCUUCAACAUUACUGGCAUUCUUUGGAUGCUACAGAUGGUUUGAUUCCUUUAUGAAUUUCAAUAUUGUAAAUGUUUUGUUCUAGUUGAAGAGUGCAAUAUAAAUUUAAUGGUAAGCAUGGGAUUGAAAUG